AUGACUACCCAGAAAGCAAUUGUCGUUACCUCCCCAAAGCAGGAGAGUCUGGUAACUGAUCGACCCAUUCCCGCUCUUCGCGAUGAUUACAUCCUAGUCAAGACGGUCGCCGUCGCCUUAAACCCCACCGACUGGAAGCAUAUUGCUUACAUUUCCCCACCCGGCGUGCUAGUCGGAUGUGACUACGCCGGUAUUGUCGAAGAGGUUGGGAAAGCUGUCAAAAGACCCUUCAAGAAGGGUGAUCGCGUAUGCGGUUUCGCGCACGGAGGAAACGCCGUGCAGCAUGAAGACGGUGCCUUUGCCGAGUACAUCGUCGCCAAGGGAGACAUUCAGAUCCGCAUCCCCGAUAACCUCAGCUUCCAGGAAGCGGCCACGCUGGGCGUGGGUAUCUCGACCGUGGGGCAGGGUCUGUACCAGAGUUUGAAGCUUGCACUCCCGACUGAGCCGAUCAAGGAGCCCGUUCCAAUCCUGAUCUACGGUGGCUCGACAGCGACGGGUACGCUGGCGAUUCAGUUUGCCAAGCUGUCCGGCUAUACCGUUUUGACUACGUGUUCGCCGCAUAACUUCGAUCUGGUGAAACGUCUCGGUGCGGAUGCGGUCUUUGAUUAUAAAGAUCCCAACUCGGCGGCUGAGAUUCGCAAGUACACCAAUAACAAACUGAAGCUGGUUUUUGAUACGAUCUCGCUGAAGGCUAGUGCCGAAUACUGCGAGCAAGCUAUUUCCACUGAUGGUGGUAAUUACGGUGUUCUCCUCCCGAUGGCUAUCGAGCGUGAGAAUAUCACUACUCGUCACACGCUCGCUUACACUAUUAUCGGCGAGGAGUUUACCUUUGGUGACAAGGUCUUCCCUGCCCGGAAAGAGGACAAGGAAUAUGCUGAAGAAUUCUGGACUCUCGCGGAGAAGCUGUUGGCUGAUGGCAAGAUCAAGGUCCACCAGCCGAAGGUGAACCCCGGUGGUUUGCAGGGUGUCUUGGAGGGAUUGAAGCUCUUGAAGGAGGACAAGGUUAGCGGGGAGAAAUUGGUGUACAAUGUGGCUGAAACGCCUUAA